AUGCAGCAAAACCCUCGCAACAAGGCAGGUGUUGUAUGUACCCUAGCAACCAUGGAGCGCGAGCUUUCCCUGAUGGAGGAAAAAGGCAAAGGAGUCACCGAAGAAGAAAGAGAAGAUCUCUUCAAGCGGGUCCAAGAAUUGAAGUAAUGGACAUAAAUAAUCAAUUACACUUGUUGUUGAAGGAAAUUAUCAUUACUGGAAUAGGCGGCAAAUUUUAGAAGUGCUGUUUUAGUUAAUGCUAAAUCCCUCAGUGGAAACAUGCUAACGUUAACCGCUAAAACUAGCUCUGAUGUAAAGUAAAGCAGUCUGGCCUGCAGGGUGGGCAGUAUGUGCAAUUUUUAACUCUUCCUCUCCGCCCUGCUGAGCCUCGUGGUUUCAAAUAAGCUUUAAAUUUUGGAUAUUUCCACACAGCCAAACUCUGAUCCUUCAACAUGAAUCAAUUUAAUCAGUUUUCCUCUUUGGGUGACUGUAAAGCUAUUUAUUUCCUCUUUCAGAUGCUCCAAUGCAGUUCUUCUGGCAGAGAUAGACCUGUUUGAACGGUUUAUCAGCCACACUGAUUCUCAGUACCUGCAGUCACAGGGAGUAGGAAAUGGUCCAGACACACCCAGAGGGUCCAAACUGGGAGAUGGGGUAAGUGAUGCACACAGAGACAGAAAACUUGACAGCUUUUGUGAUAAAAACAGUCUGUACAGAGUGAAAAACAGGCAGAAAGCAAGCAGCUCAGGCAGCAAUCUGACAGAGAUUUAUUUAGCACGUGUAUUUAACAAAUCGUUCUAAAUCAGAUAUUGAUUCAGUUUGUGUUUCAGGUUCCUGCUAGAGCUGGGGUGAAGUUUCAGCAAAACUAACUAUUGACAGUGAAACCGAGACUCGCUGAAAACAGGAAGAAUUGGGGAUGUAAUUAAAUACAAAAUGACAUUGUUUAUUUGCAGACUUUUCUGAGGGGUGAAUUUCAUCUACCUUUCAUCCAAUCUUUGCUCCUUCACCUGCACCAGAUAUACAGUACCUACUGCGUCAAAAGUGCUAAGUCUAGCAGAAUGAAGUUUUGUUUCUAGACAUGUUGUUUGGUCGGCUGGUCAUGCACAAACAGGCAAAAACUAAGACUUUGUGGCCACAAAUAAGUAACAGGAAAUGACACAUUUUGGAUCAAGAAGGUCAGCAUGGUGUAAUAAUGGUAUAAUUUUGUGACUUGAGACUUGAAGUUGUCAGGGGAAGUAAGAAAUAUCCACCAAAAAAGUAAACUUGGUGAGGUUUGCCUCUCUUUUGGAUUGUAAAAUCAUUUAUUUCUUUGUAUUUUUCCUGGAGAUUAAGAAAUCCCAUGUCAAGAGUGGAUUUUAUUAUUUUUUUAAUUUCAUCUUUACCACAAUGUAAAACUUUUGGUCAUGAUUUCUCAGGUCUGUGGUGUACUUUGUCAGUUAUUGGGUCUUGUCUGGGAAAAGAGAAGUUUAUUGAUAUAAAAUACCACAAUGACUUAAUUUGUAAUCUUUUUACCUGUUACUUCACCCCUGAUAACCCAUGUUCAUUAUGGCCAUGAAUGUGUGUGUGUGUGUGUGUGUGUGUGUGUGUGUGUGUGUGUGUGUGUGUGUGUGUGUGUGUGCGCCUGUCAGGGUCAUGGGUGGAGACGAAAAUCGCAUGUACCAGAUCUCCUCCCACAGCUGACCAUGAAACAAAAACUUUCUUUGGCUCAGAGAGAGUUUACAGAGAUGCAAUACGACCAAGAGAAACUCAAACAGAGUUGUAAGAGGAAUCAGGAUAACUACAGGGUAACUACAAGAACCUUAAAAUGACACCAAACAAAGAAAAAAACCCACACUAAGCGAGCUUAUUUCUGUCCAGGCCUCCAUGAAGGAGUCAGAAAAACGUCUGUCAGAAAUCAGGAAGGCUCAGAAAAAGUUUGAACACCACCUGGUUAGACCUCUGAAGAAUAACAUGCUGGAUAUGAAGGAACCUGAGAAGGUGCUCCAGUAUAUCCAGGACAAGUCACAGGUAAACAGUAAGAGUGGUUUAACUAGAUGAACCUGUGGAAAGAAGCUUUAAGAGAGACUAAAGAUGAGCAGUUUUAGCUCAGCUUUUAAAACAAAAUAACAGCCUCCUGCCUGUUUUUAACAGUCUUUUCUUUGCUCCAACACGCAAAUUGUAACAGAUCACCCAGCUCGAGCGGUAUCAUUUUAAAAACAAGGCCCUGAAGGUUCAGCAGAAGAAGAUCCAACAGCAGCUUCUACAGAGACGAGACGCAGUUAAGGCUGACUAUGAGGUAAUGAAUCAAAAGAUAAAGUAGUUGUUUAGAGGUAGUCUGUUUUAACAGUGAACAAUAUGGUGUGAUCUGCUAAUCGAACAUUAUCUGACACUGUGGGUUGUCACAGAUCAUUUUCCAGGAAUUUGAUGAGCCGAAAAUCGAAAAAAACCUGGAUGAACUUCAAGCCAGUUAUUUGAAAGUCACACGUAUCCUCAAUUCUCAGAAGGUAACACGUUAGAUGUUUGUGUGUGAAAGAAAAAAUGUCCUCAGCUUUAUCAAGCAUACCUUUAUUGGUCGACUUUGGCACCAUUUUAUUCAGUCUUCAAGUGUGUUUGUUGACAGGGGGCGCUGCAGAGUGUGACACAGGAGUCCACAGAGCUGAGCAGUGAUAUCACAAACAGAGAGCAGAUUCUGGCCAGAAUUGAGGAGAAGAUACAGCGAGCUCAAGAGGUUUGUGAUGAUGCACCACAAUGAUUCUUUUACCGACACGGACCAAUAAACAAGUAAUGCAAUAUGAGAAAAUGUACCUUAGUUAUUUCCUGGUCUUUACAGUUUGGGUUUUCCAUCUCUUUCACAUCAUGUUCUCCUUCAGGAGUGUUUAAAAGCAGAGGCUCUAAACCAAAACCUGCGCCGCCAGAUAGCAGAUUAUCAGGCCCCUAGUAUAAUGGAGUAUGUUCACAUCAAGAACAAACACAAGAUGCUGCAGCAGAGCAUCCACACCUGGGAGAGGAAGGUUGAAGUCACUGAGGUGAACAAAGUUUUUUUUCUCUUUCUCCAAAUGCAUUCAGCUCUCUUCUCCUGGAUUGUCUGUCACCUGUUUAAAGAAAGAGUGUGUUCAGCUUUAAUUAUUGCACCAUGGUGGGCCUCAGCGCAGCUGCAGGAAAAAACAAUAGUUGUUGGACUGAAUGUAAAACAAUCGUCUCUCUCUUUUCUGUUUCCCAGAUGGCCAUGAAGGUCCACAGUAGAGCCUGGAACACACAGAGAGCCACUUUUACUCCUGCAAACAGUGCUGAAGCUGGAGCUGGAUCUGGACAGCACAGAAUCCCAGUAAAGCUCCCUCACAUUGUAGAACACAGCACGUAAAGAAACACACUCUGGGUGAAUACACAAAGAAUGACUGCAGCACUAUAGCUCUAUGAACCAUCAGUCAGCUGUUCCUGCUGUAGUCUCAAGGUCUGAUUCACAAAGCACAAUGCUCUGAUGGUAUUCAAGUGUGAAUAAAGAUUUGCUGCUCUGUUGCCUCUGGUUUUGCCCCCAAAUCACCUGCAACUUCAACUGAAUGUGAUAGACACCAGUAAUGUGUGAAUGUGUUCAAAUGAAGCAUGUGUGUAAAUCCAGGGCUAACUUGUCCCAUUUUCUAUGUAAAUAAACUUGACUGCAAAAACAAUUGUUGAUUCUCAAACACCAGCAGUUAAAGACACAUACAGUCAGAAGGAAAUUUUAACAGCCUGUUAAGAGCUGGAGGACACUGCCACAGAACUUAUCAGUGUUGUAACACUCAGACUUUCAUGUUUGUCACCCAAAAUCAUCUGUAAAUAUAACUAUGACAUUAUUAAUUACAGUAUAUCUUAAUCAGGGGUUACCAAGGAUGAAAGGCCCUGUAAAAAGUGUCACUACCAGAAAGGCUGUCAUACUUUUAUGACCUCUGUCGGUCAUGUGUCUUCAGACUUGUCAUAACUUUUUCAUGCUUUACUGAAACAUGACUGCUUAAAGCUCCAUUGAGCAACUUUCAGUUUGUCUCAAUUUUGGCGCCCCCUGUGGACAAACCAGUCUUUGCUUCUUUUGUCCCCCAACAUGCUUGACUUCUGCCAAAAAACUCCUCCUGCUGACUAUUGACUGUUAACUGUAUCAUUAAUUGUGAGUAUUUCAAGUGGAAACAACAAAAACAGGACUGUUUUCUCAACUGCUCAGCUUUAUAAAUUACAAGAUUAAAAUUACCAAUCAUGUCACUGA